GCGUGGAUGAAAUGUACACGUGCUGAAGGAAGGUUAUACGAUUUCUGCUGAAUCGGGAUGCUUGGUCACGAAAUGAAACGAGGCCCGAUCGGUUGUAAAACAACAAACGUGUUUCCUGCGCUAUAACGUAAUACACAGGGAAAAAGAGAGAGAGAGAGAGAGGAGGGGGCGCGAGCGUUCGUCUGCCGCUGUUGCUCGUGGCUCACGUAAGAACCGAUCACAUGGAUCUCACGGUUCCAUUUUUCAACGGCGCUUCGAUCUGAGCGCGCGCUGACAGCCCUGGUGACCGGCGCAUCCAUCAGACCCGCGCGAGGGUAAGAGGCGUCACUUCGCCGGUUCCAUCGAUCUGCCGGAACUGGGCAGGCACAGGAGUCGGUCGGUGUGCGUGCGCGUGUGUGCGCGCGUGUGAGGAGGGCGAAAGCGGCCCUGGGGUAUUUCUGCCACCAAGGAGCAGCCAGCUGCGCGCUUAGCGGAGAGCCGGUGAGACGCACGGGAACGAGAUCCGUAUAACAUCGGAUCCGGCUGGAAUAUUUUGCGUCGCCCAACAUCGUUUUGGAGGAAAGCGUUGUCAUUUGCUCAAAUCACAGUUGGCAAGUGGAACCAAAGAUAGCCCAGUGCUGGAUUCCAGAGGGAUAGCAAGAGAGCACAGACCCUUGAGGUGAAGGAGGGUGCAUGGAUCGCUCAAGGACACAGACUUAUGCCUACCUCUGGUUGGGCGUGGUCUCCGUGGCGACAAUCUUCCUCUGUGCAGAGGCCCGUGCCACACCAAGUCCACCCCUCCUCAACAACAUCACAUGCGUCGAUGAGGUUCCUCGUUGCCAACCUGGCAUCAUCUUACCCAUCUGGUACCCCGAGGACCCCUCCAUGGGUGACAAGAUCGCCAGGGUAAUAGUGUAUUUUGUGGCAAUGAUCUACAUGUUCCUUGGGGUUUCGAUUAUUGCAGAUCGGUUCAUGGCUGCCAUCGAAGUCAUCACCUCCCAGGAAAAGGAAAUCAUCAUCAAACGACCGAACGGUGAGACGACGACCACCACGAUCCGCGUGUGGAACGAGACCGUGUCCAACCUUACCCUUAUGGCAUUGGGCUCCUCCGCCCCCGAGAUCAUGCUCUCCGUCAUCGAAGUAUGCGGACACAACUUCCAAGCCGGUGAGCUCGGCCCGUCCACCAUUGUAGGGAGCGCUGCCUUCAACAUGUUUGUGAUUAUCGGCCUGUGCGUGUCGGUGAUCCCAGAGGGGGAGGUUCGGAAGGUGAAGCACCUGCGAGUAUUUUUUGUGACGGCAGCGUGGAGCGUAUUCGCCUACAUCUGGCUCUACAUGAUCCUGGCCGUGUUUUCGCCCAACGUCGUGCAGGUGUGGGAAGGUCUUCUCACGUUGGCGUUCUUCCCUAUCUGUGUUGUUCUGGCCUGGGUGGCCGACCGUCGCUUGCUAUUCUACAAGUUCAUGCACAAGAAAUAUCGCACAGACAAGCACCGUGGGGUCAUAAUCGAGACGGAGGGGGACCGCUCCAAAGGCAUCGAAAUGGAUGGAAAGAUGAUGAAUUCUCAUUUUGUAGACGGUGGAGCUGCCAGUAACUUGAUAGGCCUGAUCGAGGGAAAGGAGGUGGAUGAGUCGCGCCGAGAUAUGAUACGAAUCCUGAAGGACCUGAAACAGAAACACCCGGAGAAGGAGCUGGAUCAGCUGGUGGAGAUGGCUAACUAUUACGCACUCUCACACCAACAGAAAAGCAGAGCGUUUUACCGUAUCCAAGCCACGAGGAUGAUGACAGGAGCUGGGAACAUUCUCAAAAAGCAUGCGGCAGAGCAGGCCAAACGCAGCGCUAGCGUCCAAGAAGUUCACGUAGAGGAACCCGAGGAGUUUGUGUCUCGCAUCGUGUUUGAACCUGCCGUUUAUCAGUGUCUGGAGAACUGCGGAGCCGUCGCGCUCACGAUAGAGCGUAAGGGUGGUGACAUCGCUAAAACAAUCUAUGUGGAUUAUAAAACGGAGGACGGUUCGGCGAACGCUGGCGCAGACUACGAGUUUACAGAAGGCACCGUGGUGUUCAAGCCUGGUGAGGUCAUCAAGGAGAUCACAGUCGGCAUCAUCGACGAUGACAUCUUUGAGGAGGAUGAGCAUUUCUUCGUGCGACUCAGUAACGUGCGUGUUCUCGAGACUGAGGAUGAGGUGCUUUCGGCCAGUAGCCUGCCGUACCCGAAUGCUAUGAUAGGAUUCCCCGCCGUCGCCACGAUUACCAUUCUUGAUGAUGAUCAUGCAGGCAUUUUCACCUUUGAAAGUGAGUCGAUGCACGUGAGCGAGAGCGUGGGCAUCAUGGAGGUGAAAGUGUUGCGGACGUCAGGAGCCAGAGGAACCGUCAUCAUUCCCUUCCGUACUGUGGAGGGACUCGCUAAGGGUGGAGGAGAGGACUUUGAGGACGCGUACGGAGAGCUAGAGUUUAAAAACGACGAGACCUGUAAAACCAUACAGGUCAAGAUUAUUGAUGAUGAGGAAUAUGAAAAAAACAAAAACUUCUACCUGGAGCUGGCAGAACCUCGCAUGGUGGAUAUGAGCCUUCAGAAAGCUCUGUUAUUAGCUGAUGAUAUCCAAGACAGAAAGAUGUCAUCAGAGGAAGAGGAAGCGAGAAGAAUAGCAGAGAUGGGGAAACCAGUUUUGGGAGAACACGCAAAGAUAGAGAUCAUCAUUGAGGAGUCAUAUGAGUUUAAGAGUACAGUAGAUAAGCUUAUUAAGAAGACUAACUUGGCUCUGGUCGUGGGCACAAAUACCUGGAGAGAACAGUUCAUGGAGGCUAUAACUGUCAGUGCAGGAGAUGAGGAUGAGGAUGAGGGGGGAGAAGAACGGCUGCCAUCUUGUUUCGACUAUGUCAUGCACUUUCUGACUGUGUUCUGGAAGGUUCUGUUUGCCUGUGUCCCACCCACGGACUACUGGAAUGGUUGGGCAUGUUUUAUUGUUUCCAUAAUUGUCAUCGGCCUUUUGACGACUGUGAUUGGCGACCUGGCCAGUCACUUUGGCUGCACCAUCGGCCUGAAAGACUCGGUCACUGCUGUGGUGUUUGUAGCCUUGGGAACAUCUGUCCCUGAUACUUUUGCCAGUAAAGUUUCAGCUGUUCAGGACACAUACGCAGACGCGUCCAUCGGUAACGUGACCGGUAGCAACGCCGUGAACGUUUUCCUGGGAAUCGGUGUGGCAUGGUCAGUGGCUGCCAUCUACUGGCAGAUGCAGGGUCGUGCGUUUGAGGUGCAAGCAGGUUCCCUGGCUUUUUCUGUCACCCUGUUCACCAUCUUUGCCUUCCUGGCGGUGGGCGUCCUGCUGUACCGGCGCAGGCCUCACAUUGGUGGAGAACUGGGGGGCCCGCGAGGGCACCGCAUUCUCACCUCGCUCUUUUUCUUCAGCUUGUGGUUUCUCUACAUCCUCUUUUCCAGUCUGGAGGCUUACUGUCAUAUACAGGGCUUCUAAAGAGAGCAACACGAACAGGGUGGGAAGGGGUCGUGGGCUGGAGAUAUGGAGAGCAAGGUGGACACGAGCAAACUUCUGCUCAUACACGAAAGAAUAAGAGCUAAGGACUGAUUCAAAACGCUUGCUAUGGUUUUAAAUAGGAAUGAAGUUGUGUUAUGAAAGAAGAGGAGAUGGGUCAUUCGUCCUUUAGAUCUCUUCAUCCUGAGGAUCAUUAAUUGAAGAGUGUGAAGAAUUUGAUCUCAUCUCCUUUAGGGGUGGGACCGUCUUAACCUGGAGUCUGAGCUUUUCACAGUCUAUAUUUUUCUCAACACAUACUGAGAACAACUUUUUUCUAAUAAAGUAUUUUGGGAAAAAAAGACAAAAAAUAACAAAAAGAAAUAAAGGAUUCAAAGGACUAUUUUCAGAUCUGCUUCCGGGAUAAGAAAUAAUAUUUCAAGAGAAAAAAUGAAAUAUAUAACUACAUGAAAUCUGUUAUUGAGUGACAUUUGAAGGACCCAUAAAGUUUAUUUAUUUUUCCUUGUUUAGUUUGGUAAGAACCGACACAGAGCUUACGGCUUGGAUUGUCAGGCCUGAGUUCCAGCUAUAGGGAAAGUGGCUUGGAAAAACAGAACGUUAAAUAUGAACAAUGGCUGAACACUGCAUUUUCUCCCUGAUAUUCCUGUAUGGAUAUAAUCUGCUUCCAUAUAUUUUCUGUAUUUUUGUGUAUUACUUGCCAAGUGUCGUUAUAUAGGGGCUUUAGAGGGAAGAAAAAUGGGAUACGUGGAAAAUGAGGCCUUUUGCAUUUAAAAGUGCUACACUCACAUCCAAACAAACCACUGAUGGAGAUCGCACUGCAUCUGCUAUUACAGUUGUUGUUGUUUUUAAUCUGUUUGUGUUUUAGUCGUUCGGUGUCAUUGAGCGCACAUGAAGCACCCCAAAGAGUUUUCCCACAUAGACCCACCUCACCCAGAGAGUCGUCCAGUAUAGAAAUACAAGACCAUUUUACCAAGAGUUCCCCAAAUGUGCAUCUAAACACUGUGUGAAGUGUCAGUGAUGUUGUCGGUGAGUGUUUUAUUCAAUGCAGCCGAUGUGGCUUGUAAUGUUUACAGGCAGGGUCCAAAAUUAAUGCUCGCCAGGUGGAACCUAAGUUACAGUGACAAAGGAACUGCAACAUUGUACAUGGAUUUGUCGGAAUAAUACACUCAGUGUUGGGUCAAAAACUGAAAAAUUUAGCUGUUGGGUUGAAGUAACCAAGAAAAUGUUAUUUGACCUAAACAACCCAGCAUAGGUUAAAUUACAACCCAAUGGGUUGGGUCGUUCCUUUUUGACCCAACACUGGGUUGAAAAUAACCCAUGUAAAAGAUAUACAAAUGAUCUGCUAAUAAAUUUGUGACAGUUUGUGCAUCUUUUGACAACUUUUAUGUCAUGUACCAAAAAUUUAUCUCAGAUAAGGUCUUAGGCCACCAUGCUACCAUUAGAUGUGUUGUUUUUGCCAUGUUAUAGUGAUCAUAUAUAAUUGUUUCUCAGUCUCUUUAAUAGAAUACAUCCAGAAAAUACAGAAAAGGUGUAUGUAGUAUUAAAAACUGUAUAAAAAUGUAAACUGAUGUGUCAAGUUUUUAGGGUAAACUCCCCUUCCACUUGAGCAAUGGCGGGAAACUGCAGAAUCUCUUAAACCUAAAUAAAAUUAAUCCUAAUUUCUAAUUUUAAAGAAAUUAGUCUUUUUACUUCAUUCUGCUCAAAAACGCUCAAGAUGUGUUUAGUGACAAGAGAGUUCACACUAAACACUGACGAUGCCUAAAGAAGACAUUUAGUCCUGAAAAUUUUAAUUUUUUUGUACAUAUUUCCUGUAUUUUCUGUUUGUAUCUUAAUACAAUAUAUUGAAAAAUAAGUAAGGAUGGAUAUUAAAACUUCUAAAACAACAUGUCUGGUGGUGGUGGCCUAAGAUUUUUGCACAGUACUGUAUUUUUUCCAAACCUUUAUAAAAUCACAUUUUCCUAACAUCUGAACAAUGAGGAACAAAAUCACGUCUUAUUCAAGUGCAGUUUUAGUAAAAGACAGAAAUUGAGUUAUUUUGUAUUUAUGUUAUGCUGUGAAUGACUUGCAUUGUUUUACGGUAAUGAGCAAAUGAGAAAAACGCUGAAUUAUUCAAAUGUGGCAGAAAGUUAAUUUUGGACCCUGUUUACAGGCCUUUACGAAGCGAGCGCAGAAGAGUACAAGCUGAAAAACAGCUAAAUAGCCUUUUGUGAUAUUGUUUCUGAGUCUAAUAGAACGAUAUCGUCAGAGAAGAAAAGGUUUUCGGCGUAGCUGCAACGCGUCAGCUUAUUGUGGGUCGGUUUUAAGAGUGGUCAUCAAUUCAUCUGACUGACUAAAGUGUUUUUUGUGCCUAUUUUUGCUGUAGUGAGCAAAACAGGAGGAUGCGUGAGGGGUUUCUGCAUUAUCAAGGGAAGUGAUGACAAAACAUAAUUGUUUAGGAUGGCCAAUAACACGCAGAGCACAGAACCAAAGAACAGAAGCCCACCUGGAAACUGCAGUGGUUCUCUGGGCCACUGGGGGGGCCACAUGCUCUGCUUCAUCUCUGUUUAUACAUCGCAUGCAUUUUGUGUGUGUGAGGGUGUGUUUGUUGGUGUGUGUCAUCACCAAAUUAGGCCAGAUCAUUCGUAUGCUGUUCAGCAGUAUUAAGUUCAUUUUAAUAUGUUUACAUUCAUGUGCAGCUGUGUGUGAGUGUGUGUUUUGAGAGAGAAUGAGAGCUGGUGAAAAUGUCUUCUCUGAAUCUUUCUCCAACUAAAUGCACUAAAAACACACAAUUAAAGGUGCACUGUGUAACUUUUAGGAGGAUCUCUUGACAGAAAUGCAAUAUAAUAUACAUACGUAUAUACAUACGCUGGCAUACACCGUGGGUCCCCUUACAUGGAAGUCGCCAUUUUGGACCACCAUGUUUUUAGAGUAGCCCUAAAUUGACAAACAGAGCGCAUUUUGUCACUACGUCUCAGACGAUGACGACAUGCUGAUUAGCUUCUAUGUGUUUCAAAACGGAGGGCUGAGCUGUGGAUCAGAGUCCUGCACGGGUCCAUUUUUGGAGACCCGCUCCCGCCCGUACCCGGAAAGUUCAGCACCAGAUCCGACCCACCACCCGUGAUAAUAAAAAAAACCUACCUACAUAACCCCUGCUGUGCUCCUAAGUCUCAUCUUGAAAUGCUUGCUAUAUGAAGACGUUCAGCAUCCGGCUAUCAACGGCAAAACUUGCAACUCCUGCAAUGCUCGCUUCAACUAGGCUACGAGAAGAAUCAACAAAGGUCGCGCACUGUCGCAGUGGUGGUGACGUGAUGGGUCAAAUGUCAUAUGGUGCGCGUGUAAUGGUAAUUGGCGUGCACACCAAAGCUUUUACGCCCGCGGCAGGUGCAUGUUUUCAAUUGAUUCUAAUAGAAACUCUGCAUUUUUCAAAUAAGCCGGCGCUUGGCGUUUUUUCCGCGCUCGGCGCUGAGCGUCAAAAGUUAAAAGAGAUUUAACUUUAAGUGAAAAGCUCCACUCUUCAAUGUCAGUUCUCACAUGGCCAUCCAAUCACAGUGGAAGAGGGGCGGGACAAGUAUUACAACAACCAACCGGCUCAACAUACAAAUUUUGCACAUAUUUUCAUUCGCGCUACUACCUGCCCGCACUGAGUUAAUUAUCCGCCCGCAUCCCCGCCCGUGAAUUUUAGGAAUGUCACAAUCCACCUGUUUUAGACACUUUUAUGCGGGUAUCUGCGGGUACCCGACCCGUUGCAGGACUCUGCUGUGGGUGCUGCUAAAAUCUACACACAGCACCUUUAAUGUAUUUUUUUAUGUAUUUACAUUUUAUGUUUUUGCGUAAGGCACUGCCAAAUUUAGAAAUAACAGGAAACCUAACUAAAGGAAAUUAUGAUGCUAUCUAAAGGAAAGAAAAUAAAAAUAUUCUCAACAGUGGUCAAAAGCUUUUAGACCCCACUGUAUGUUUAUAACGAUAUCACAAUUACACUGUUAUUGCCUGAGCACUUAUUUGGGGAGUUGAUGAGGUUGAAUGAGCUUUGCAUAAGAAAUAUCUUAUCUGAUCUUUAACACAUCUGAUUAUGAAAAUAGUGAUGCUUGCAAGAUGGGUGUGUGUGUGUUUCAUUGCCGGUGUUUGUGGGUACCUCUGAGUUUGUGGUGGCAGUAUUGUAAACCCACAUUCAGCAUCAUUCAGUCAGAUGCUUCCUUUUACUGGACUUUGUCUUGGACACAGUUGUUUGGCAGUGCUUUUCUGUUUCUGCCUAAGUCAACUCACACAUGCAUUUGCCCAUACAUAGACAUUUUAUUUAGCUACACAGUGCUGAUGCCUGAGAAGAGCUGUUUUGAAUAGAAAUGGCUGGGUCUCCAACUGGUGAGAUGGUUGAGCAGACAGCUGCACAUCAAUUUCUUGCCAGUGUUGAGCUUCUCUACUGCCAACUAACACUUCCAGCUGUUUAGAUGCAGAGAUUUAACAGAGAUUAUAGAUGAUGUCACUUAUAACCUAAGUCACUUAAGUCUUACAAUGGUAUCAGGGGUCAGACUCUCUUACACACACACACACACACACACACACACACACACACACAUAAAAACACUCCUCUUCAGCCUGACUAUGAAGCAGAUGGUGAUUAUGUUCAUCUAUUGUUGUUUUCUUAAUUUCUGUUUUUUACUCUCACACAAAAAAAUCAUGUUUUAUUUUCAAAGAUUUAUGCAUGAAAUUUACCUUAAUUUAAUUAAUUUAUGUCCGCUAAUUUAUUUAUUUUAGAUUCUUUUGGUCAACAGAAAAAUAAAAAAUAUAUUUGAAAAAUGA